UCCCCAUUUAAACGCGGUAAGAUCCCAUUAUUAUGUGCUUUAAUUAUGAUAAUAACCGCGUAAACUUAAAACAAUACUUACGUUGUUAUAUAUUUAUCUAAAGAAGAAUAUAAAGCAUGUACCUACAUUAAUUCAAAUAAGUUAUUGAAAAAAUAAUACCUGUCUAAAUGGAUUACGACGUAUCAAACUACUCUGUGCUGGGCCGAAUCGGCGAGGGAGCCCACGGCUUAGUCUUCAAGGCCCAGCACAUUCCCACUGGAAGGGAAGUAGCCUUGAAGAAGAUUCUCAUCAAGAACAUAGAAGACGGAAUACCAGUGAACGUCAUGAGAGAAAUUAAAGCUCUGCAACUGCUGCGCUGUAAAUAUAUAAUAAAGCUAUACGACAUGUUCCCCCGCGGCAUGUCGCUGGUGCUAGUCCUGGAGUACAUGAGCUCCGGGUUGUGGGAGAUGCUGCACCACAACCAGCACGAGCUGACGCUGCCCAGGGUCAAGACGUACGCGCAGAUGCUGCUCAAGGGCACCCGGUAUAUGCACGCGCAUUAUGUUAUGCAUAGGGACUUGAAACCAGCAAACCUGCUUAUCAACCACGAAGGGAUUCUCAAGAUAGCAGAUCUUGGUCUUGCACGGCUGUAUUGGCCUGAUGGCGGGAGACCAUAUUCACACCAAGUUGCGACAAGGUGGUAUCGCGCUCCAGAACUGCUGUACGGUGCAAGAUUCUACACUGAGAAAGUAGAUCUGUGGUCAGUGGGCUGCAUCAUAGCUGAGAUGAUCACCAAACAACCCCUAUUCUCGGGUGAAUCCGACAUUGAGCAGCUGGCAAUAGUACUUCGUCACCUUGGCACUCCGACUGAGGAGACGUGGCCAGGCCACUCCGAGUUACCCGAUUAUCACAAGAUUAGCUUCCCGGAGUCCGCCCCAACGCCCUGGCCUGAGCUUCUACCUGGAGUUGAACCUGAUGCCAUACAUCUUGUAAAGUCCUUCAUCAUGUAUGAUGAGAAGAAGAGGAUAUCCGCUAAGGAGGCGUUGAGACACUCCUGGUUCGAAACAAGGCCUCUACCAGCGACUCUAGAAGAAAUGCCGAAACCCAUCUCCGGCAAAACUAAAUGAUUUGUGUUCUUAAUAAAUAAUACAAAAAC